AUGCCAGCCGCCAGGAACCGCUCGGUUCUCUCGCAGGGGAGCCAGAGUUACAAGAGCGUGAAGGUGGCAGCGAAGAGGCUGGAAAAGGCAGCGCUCUCCUACAAAGGGGACGAACGGGUGCAGCUGUUGCGCCGGUGGCUCGUCGUGCUCAAGGAGACCCAGCGCGCGACCACGGUGGUUCGGGAGCCGCAACUUGGGGACAAUCCGGACCAGACUGCGCCCCUGCUGGAUUUGUACAUCGAUUACGACAGCGGUGCGGAGCCGAUGAACUUUUUCCAUGUCUUCCUCUACAGUCAAGCCCUCGAGUGUGUUGUUCUCUCCUUGAUUAGGGAAGCCCCAACUGAGGAAGAAGUUUCACUGGUCUCAGAAGUUUUUGGAAUGUGCCUUUCGGGAGGGAAGGAUGUGCACAAUGCACUCUUAAGUAGUGUAAAGGACCUGGCAAGGUUAUUCUCAAGUUAUAGUGACGAAGUGUUGGCAAAACGUGACGAGCUGCUUCAGUUUGCUCAGGGUGCGAUCUCAGGGCAAAAGAUAAAUGCUGACAUUGCAAGGUUCUGUCUUUUCUGUUGGGCAGUUGAAGGUGUUUGUAGUUCCAUUUUUGUGUGUCCAUGUUUACAUGCUUUAAAAACUAAAGCCUCUUUUUUCUUGAUUCCAGAUUAG